UGGCACAGGGUUUUGAUACAAACACUGUUGCUGCGCUCCAUAUUUCUCAUGAAGAAUAUCAGCUUGACUAAGCACCAUUCUCCUGUGCUGGUGGGAGCUGUUAGAGGAGAUGUACUUGUGCCUGAGCACCUAAAUAAACUCAGAAAACAGAGAAAGGCACCACCAGCUGCUGCUUCCACUCAUCCAUGCAAUGCCUUUGGAAGACCUCUCCAAGCUGAGAGCCAGAGGAAGGCACAGUGCUCUGUGUGCACAGCUUCAGAAUCCUUCUGAGGGUCUCCCUUGGCUCCUGGGCUGGCAGCGACUGUCUGGUUUAAAACAAACCCGUUAUAAAAAGGGCGCCUCGGCUCCUGGCUGUUCGUAACAGCUCCUGACAUUCCUCCGGCACAGGGGAGUUUGGCUGGAACGGAAAAUGUCCAGAGCUGGAACCAAGGUCACCUUCUAUGAAGACAAGAACUUUCUCGGCCGUUACUACGAGUGUGACAGCGACUGCCCUGACUUCCACACCUACCUGAGCCGCUGCAACUCGAUCCGUGUGGAUGGAGGCACCUGGGUGGCCUACGAGAGGCCGAACUAUGCCGGGAACAUGUACGUGCUGACGCACGGCGAGUACCCUGACUACCACCACUGGAUGGGCCUCAACGACCGCCUGGGCUCCUGCAAGUACAUCCAGAUUCCAAGUGGAGGCCGGGGUCACAUCCAGGUGUUCGAGAAGGGCGAUUUUGGUGGGCAGAUGUUCGAAGCCACCGAAGACUGCCCCUCUGUCAUGGAGGAGUGGCACAUGCGUGAGGUGCAUGCCUGCAGGGUGCUGGAGGGCGUCUGGGUUUUCUACGAGCACCCCAACUACCGAGGCCGGCAGUACCUGCUUCCCAAGGGGGAAUACCGCAAGCCCGUGGAGUGGGGAGCGGCCAGUCCCGCCGUCCAGUCCUUCCGCAGCAUCUCCGAGUGAGCUGAGCCCAUGGGCUGGGCUGCCACAACCCCCAAUAAAGCAACAGAGUCGCUCA